AUGUUGCAAACAUUGCUAUUAUUUUUGCUACUAACAAAUUUUCCAGUACUGGAAAAUCGAAUGCAAUCUAUAAAAAUACGUGGAAUUUUUCGAUGUGGUAAAGAAAUUCCUCAUAAUGCAACAAUUGAAUUAUGGGAUGAAGAUCAACCAUUGCUAAAUUUUAUUCAUCAAUUUAUCAUUCAAAAAAAAAGUUUGAAUCCUGAUGACAAACUUUUCACGACACAUCCAAAUAUCAAUGGUACAUUCGAAAUUAAUGCUAUGCAUGAUGAAUUUACAAAAUUAAAUCUAUAUAUGAUAGUUUAUCAUCAAUGUGAACAUUUGAUGCAUUGCAAAUCUAAUCAAUAUAAGGAUAGAAUGUUUCAAAGAUGGCGACGAUUUAUAUUUCGUAUACCAGGACAAUAUGUAAGUGAUGGUGACAUAGCUAUGAAAACUUUCGAUUUGGGUACCUGGAAUUUACAAUUCAAAUUUAUG